AUGGAAAACCCUCAGGACACAGUGAUGAAGGAAUCAUUUAAGUGUAUCGACCAUCUACACAGCCAGGAAUGCUUUGAGACUUUCCCCAGCUAUGAGCCCAAGCUGGUCUUCAUUGUAGUCCAGAAGCGCAUAAGCACCACCCUCUACUGCUGUAAUGCAAACAACUUUGGCACACCUCCACCUGGAACUGUUCUGGAUCACACCCUCACCCAGAGAGACUGUCUGUCUGAGGAGGCCGUGAGAAGAGAGAUGAAGAGCUGUGUGACUCUGUGUCCUCCUGGACCAAAUGUUCUUCUGCUGUUAGUGAAACCUUCUGAUUUCACUGAGGAGAACAGACAAACACUGAAGUUCAUCCUGAUGAGAACAUCAUCAAACCAGCUUUGGAACUCUGGUCUGACCCCUGUGGGAGGAGAGACUUCAGCAGCCAAGGCCAUUUUGGGUCGGACAGAGCUUCAAUCAGCUUCCAACUCAAGUGUUAAAAAUCAGGGAGAGGUGUGUGGACGUCAGGUUUCUGUGGUGGAGCUGCCUGUCUUGAAUGGAAAACCUCAGGACACAGUGAUGAAGGAAUCAUUUAAGUGUAUGACCAUCUGUAAGGGCGUCCAUGCCUUCAUCCUGGUCCUACCUGUGGGUCCCCUCACUGAUGAAGACAAGGGAGAGUUAGAGACCAUCCAGAACACAUUCAGCUCUCGAGUCAAUGACUUCACCAUGAUUCUGUUCACUGUGGACUCAGAUCCUACAGAUCCAGCUGUUGAUACAUUUCUGAAGAAAAACAAGGACAUCCAGGAGCUCUGCCAGAGCUGUGGAGGAAGAUAUGUUGUUCUCAACAUCAAGGACAAGCAGCAGAUCCCAGAACUGUUGGAUUAUGUGGAAAAGAUGAGCGUUGCUAAUUCCAGAUGCUUCACAAAGGACUUGUUCACAAUGGCUCAGAUGGAGAAACUUGUAGAGCAGGAAAAUGCUAAUUCAAGACUUAAAGCUGAACUGCAGGAAGUUAAACAGAGGAAUGAGAUUGGAAUUGACGAAAAUCCGAGCAGAGAGUGUCUCAGGAUGGUGCUGAUUGGGAAGACUGGCAGCGGGAAGAAUUCCACAGCAAACACCAUUUUGGGCAAAAAGCAUUUUAAACCCAGAAUUGCCCCAAAGCCAGCAAACACGUCUUGUGAGGAAGCAAAAGGAGAGAUUGAUGGCCGACCCGUUGUUGUAGUCAACACCCCUGGCUUGUUGGACACACCUCUGACCGAUGAAGAAAUUCAACAGGAGCUUCUCAAAUGCAUCAGCAUGUUGGCUCCUGGACCUCAUGCGUUCAUAGUAGUGCUGCAAAUGGGAAACAUAAAAGAAGAAGAAACAGACUCUGUGAAACUGAUCAAAAAGGUUUUUGGAAAGAAGUCAGGAGACUUCAUCUUCAUCAUAUUCACCAGAGGUGAUGCUCUGGACGAUCGGUCAGUUGAUAGUUACAUCGAAGAUUGUGACGACUUUGUCAAACAACUCAUCAAGGACUGUGGAAACCGAUUCUUGGUCUUCAAUAACAAAGAUGACACAGACCGCACACAAGUCAGAGAGCUGGUGAACAAGAUCGAGGCCAUGGUGAAGGAAAAUGGCGGCAGCUGCUACAACACUGAGCUGUUGGAAAGGGAAGUUAUGGAAAAGGAACAGAUGGAGUCACAGAGUGUCAACACAAGACAACUUGUAGAAAAGAUCAGAAAACUAGAGGCGAAAAUAUCUCAAUUGGAACACAGUGCUAAACAACAAGGGGAACAUAGUCGGCUGAAAUUGGAAGAGGAAAUAAAAAAACUGAGAGAAGAAAUGGAAGAAAAGAAGCAGAAACAUGGAGAAAAAUCCCAAUGCUUCAUCCUUUGAGUCCACCUCUUAGAGAAACAAAUUUAAAUGUUUCAGAUUUAUUUUACUACUCGCAUUGUCAGUGUUUUUUGCUCUCUCUGCAAGUUUUACUGCCAGAUCAUUACCAAAGACAUUUCCACAUUAGCGGUGAAGUCAACAGAGGGACAUUCUAGAGUUAAUGAAUGAAUCAACUAGGAAAAAGCCAUCUCUGAUUUAAAAAAAAUGUUCUUUGCCAAUUGGACUGGACUCUGGAUAAGGGCUGUCUCCAAAGGGGGUAAUAAUUGAUAGACUGCUUAUAGUAGCACCGUGAAUCAAAACAUGAUGUGAUCUUACCUCAUUCCACAGAACAUUCCUCAAUGACUUUAACUUACAAAUGACGUUGACUUUUGAGAUUUUACUGCCUAAUGACUUUUUACACCUAUGAUUUAGUCACUACUUCUCCUUUUUCAUGUUUUGCUUUUUGUUUUGUAUUAUUUCAGCUCCACACAUUUGUAAUCUAUAAUCUAAUGAAAAU